CCAAACCAAUGUAUCGACCGCGUACAGGCUCUCUCGCCCUCAAAUCCAGUCAUUGUCUCGUCCGCUCUCCUCGAUUUCACCCUGUAUUACUACAAGCUCGAUUCUCACACGAUAUGGCAAAGGAGUCGGGUGAAACGUCAACGUCGCAUGCCGAGCGCACGGCGGCUCAACCUAGAGAUUCUGCAUUACAUAACGUCACAUUAAUCAGAGUCAACGCCGUAAACGAAAACAUUCGUCUCUUUCGGCUCGGUGUUAAAGAGGGGUCGAGGAUCGAGUUCCUCCCGGGCCAAUGGCUCGACACCUACGUCCCAGGCGUGCCCAAAGCAGGCGGCUUCACGCUCACCAGCCCGCCAUCCAAAGCCAUCCUGCCUAGUUCGGCGUACCUGGAGCUCGCGGUGAAAAAGUCGCCGAUGAAUCCGGCUGCCGCUUGGCUCUGGGACCAACCCGUCAACGAGGUCGAUGACAAGGGUAAGGACGACGGCGCGGUCACCCAAAGAGAGAAGAAACCCGAGAUCCAGGUCCGCGUCGGCGGGUCCUUUGUCUGGCCGCCUCCCGAAGGAGACGUUGAUCUCGCCUCCCUACGCAGAAUCGUCUUCAUUGCUGGCGGCGUCGGUGUGAAUCCGCUCAUGAGCAUUGUUAGUCACCUGGCUGAAGCAGGGAGCUGUCCAUAUGACGUCCAGUUCAUGUACUCGACAAAGGCCCCAUCGGAAGGCCUCGAUUCCGAAAAGAUCCUCUUCAUGGAGCGGCUGGCGAGCAUUUUCGGCCGGGAAAAGGUCCGUGGUCAAAUGAGAUUGUUCCUCACCGGCGUUGGUCCCUUAUCUUCCGAGUCCGAUGGGUCAAUUCUGCAUUGUAACGAGAUAGACGUCCCGUUUAAGAGACGUCGUAUGGGUUUGGAGGAUGUGGCGGAGGCCUUGGGGCCCGAAGAGGAACGCGGUGACGCGUUGGUGUAUGUGUGCGAGAUACCGUCCAUGACGGAUGAGUUGGUCGAGAGCCUCACGUCGAAGAGCGGGUUGAGUCUCAGACCUGAGCGGGUUCUGUGUGAGAGGUGGUGGUGAUGUAGAGCCCUCGGCGUUUUGUAUACGCCGUACGAGAUACGCCGUUUCUCUGGACUUGGACAAUUAGAUAUGGCUCUGAGGAGUAUUCUUUAGAUUCUGCUUGUAGCCAAAGUCAGAGUUUCUAGCACGAAUGUCUUGGACGAGUAAGAAAGCAUCAGUGCAAAGAGACUGAUCUUAAAGAAUAUCAGAACAACUAGUAAACAGAUGAGAAAGUGAGAAACAAGAUUAUCUGCAGUUUCUGCUUAAACAUGCU